AUGACUGGAGAUGAUAGCAAUUUAGAUAUAAUGCCGUCGAGGAAGAAGAAUAAGGGAUCCAAUAAGACGCGUGAUAAGCUGAAUGUGAAGAAGACGGUGUUAAGCAAAUCUCAUAAACGAAAGCUGAAGAAACUGGAGGAAGAGAAAGAGAAAGAGCUCCUCGUUGCAAAAACCGCCGAAUUGUUAGACAAGUAUAAAGUAUCUGAAGAUGUGUCUUCGCUUUUACAAUCUUCAAAAGCUAUGGGAAGAUCAGCGACUAAGCUGGAGAAACGUAGAAGAACAAUGCAACUUUCUAAAGCUGGUGUUCUUGCGACUGAACAAGAAGAAGAAGAACCAGUCGAGGAUGAUUCUUGUAUGGACGAAAUUACCACACCGGAACAUCCUGAAAUCGAAUUACUCGAAUCCGAAGUGAUGAUUCCUGCUCAAGAGACUAGUAGCAAGAUCGUGGAGGAAGAUGAAGCUGUGGAAAGAACUCGUCAAGAUGAUGAAGAAGAUUUCGAAAGAAUGGUUCGUCAAAAACAGGACGGAGCAAUUGAGAACGAAGAAGAUGUAGCAACUGUGAAAGGACCUCGUGUGCCUGCGUUUGUAGUUCAUGUGACAAGACCAGCUGAAGUUGAAGAGACUAGGAAGAAUCUUCCGAUAAUAAUGAUGGAGCAGGAGAUCAUGGAGGCGAUUAAUUACCAUCCGGCGGUAAUUAUUUCAGGACAAACCGGGUGUGGUAAAACCACUCAAGUCCCUCAGUUUCUUUAUGAAGCUGGUUUUGGCUCUAAGAAGUUCAGUUCUCGGAGUGGGGCUAUCGGGAUUACUCAGCCACGCCGUGUCGCUGUCCUCGCCACUGCCAAGAGAGUGGCGUUGGAGCUUGGUGUUCGUCUUGGUCAAGAAGUUGGUUUUCAAGUUAGGUACGACAAGAAGAUUGGUGAAAACUCUUGUAUCAAGUUCAUGACUGAUGGGAUUCUACUUCGUGAAAUUCAGAAUGAUUUCUUGUUGAGGCGUUACUCUGUGAUCAUUCUCGAUGAGGCUCACGAGAGAAGCUUGAACACAGACAUUCUUAUUGGGAUGCUCACUCGAGUCCUCAAAAUCCGUCAGGAAUGUUACGAGGAGCAGCAAAAGAGUCUUGAAUCAGGAGGCACAGUAAGCUCAGAGAACCAAGUGAAUCCGCUUAAGCUUAUACUGAUGAGUGCGACUUUGCGUGUGGAGGAUUUCGUGUCGGGGAAGAGGCUGUUCCCUAAGUCACCACCGGUUAUAGAGGUUCCCACUCGACAGUAUCCAGUGACUAUACAUUUCUCCAAGAAGACUGAGAUUGUUGAUUACAUCGGCGAAGCUUAUAAGAAAGUGAUGUCGAUUCACAAGAAGUUGCCACAAGGAGGAGUGCUUGUUUUUGUGACGGGGCAGAGAGAGGUUGAUUAUUUAUGCGAGAAGCUGCGUAAGUCUUCAAGGGAGCUUGUUGUUCAAGCUGCUAAAAGAGAUGCUUUCGCUAAGAAGAAGGAGAAGAAGAAGUGCGAUGAUGAUGGUGAUGGUUCGUUUGGUGGUGUUGACAUGAAGGAGAUUGCUGAAGCAUUUAAUGAUGGCUCAAACAGUCCAGAUUACAGGUUUAGCUCUCAUGGGGAAGAUCCUUCCGAAACCCGUGAUGGUAAGUUUCAUGAUGAUUUUGACGAAGAGGACAUGUAUGAGUCUGAUGAAGAAAGUGAUUGGGAAACAGUCGAUGACGGCGGCUCUGCAAAUUCAUUAAUAGAUGAAAAGAAGCUUGAUGCUCUCCGAGCAGCGUGUAUGUCUUUAUCAGAUAAGAAAGGAUCCGAAUCUACAGAGAAUCAAGAAGCUGAUGAGCAGGAGAAAAAACCACCACCUCCAGGGAAAUUACGUGUGCUUCCACUUUAUGCAAUGCUAUCUCCAGCUGCACAGCUCCGAGUGUUUGAGGAAGUUGAGGAAGGAGAGAGACUUGUCGUUGUGGCGACGAAUGUAGCUGAAACAUCUCUGACAAUUCCGGGUAUAAAGUAUGUGGUGGACACAGGUCGGGCUAAAGCGAAGAACUACGAUAUCAAGACUGGUAUGGAAACUUAUGAGGUGGAUUGGAUUAGUCAAGCUUCUGCUAGCCAACGAGCUGGAAGAUCUGGACGAACUGGACCUGGUCACUGUUAUCGUCUCUAUUCAUCUGCGGUUUUCAGCAAUAUAUUUGAGGAGUCUUCACCACCUGAGAUCACGAAAGUUCCUGUUGAUGGAGUCGUUCUUCUCAUGAAGUCUAUGAACAUUCCAAAGGUUGAGAACUUCCCGUUUCCAACUCCGCCUGAGACAUCAGCUAUUAGAGAAGCGGAGCGAUCUUUAAAAGCUUUACAAGCUCUCGACUGCAACGGAAGGUUAACGCCACUAGGGAAGGCCAUGUCUCGCUAUCCGAUGAGUCCACGUCACUCAAGAAUGCUUCUCACAGUCAUCAAAAUGCUGAAAGAGGCACAGAGUUACUCCCGGGUGAAUCUUGUCCUCGGAUACGCGGUUGCAGCUGUAGCCGCGUUGAGUUUAGCAAACCCUUUGAUAAUGCAGUUUGAAGGAGAUGACAAGAGAAACGAUGCCGGAGACGCUGGCAUAACCGGCAAGCAGGAAGAUAAACAACGGAGGAAGGACCGGAAAGAGAAGAUCAAAGCCGCACGGGACAGAUUUUCCAAUCCGAGCAGCGAUGCUUUGACUGUAGCUUACGCUUUGCAUGCGUUCGAGGUCUCGGAGAAUGGUCAGGGCUUCUGCGAGUCGAACGGUUUGCAUUUGAAGACCAUGAACGAGAUGUCUAAGCUGAAAGAUCAGCUUCUGAGGAUUGUUUUCAGCUGUUGUAAACCUUCUGAGACCGAGGACGAAUUCUCAUGGACUCAUGGGACUAUACAAGACGUAGAGAAGUCUUGGAGAAUCUCCGGAUCGUCUUCGUUUAAAACCCCGCUUUUACAGAACGAAGAAGAGCUCUUGGGAGAAGCCAUAUGCGCUGGUUGGGCUGACCGUGUAGCGAGGAAGAUGAAGUCGACGGAGUACCAAGCGUGUGCGGUUCAAGAACCUGUUUUCUUGCACCGUUGGUCGUCUCUCAUAAACUCAGCGCCAGAGUUAUUAGUGUACAGCGAGCUCCUACUAACCAACAGACCGUACAUGCACGGAGCGACACGGGUGAAGCCAGAGUGGCUGCUCAAACACGCAGAGUCUCUCUGUGUGUUCUCCACGCCGCUCAAAGACCCGAAACCGUAUUACUCGAGUGAGAUGGAUAGAGUUUUCUGCUGGGUGGUUCCUAGUUUCGGUCCUCAUCUGUGGGAGCUUCCGGCUCACAGUGUGGCAGUAAAAGAUGAUAGAGACAGAGCAGCGGUUUUCGGAUGCGCUUUGCUUCAGGGAGAGGUGUUGCCUUGUUUGCAAAGCGUGAGGCCGAUGUUGGCUGGGAAACCUGAGACGCUGUUGGAAAGAGAAGCUUGGGGUUUGGAAAGAGUUGGAAGUUUGGUGAGAGCGUUGGAAGUAAAGAAGAUUGAUAGUUUGGAGAGUUUAAGGAAGACCUGGGAACAGAAUUCGAAUGUGCUUUACUCGGAGAUUCAAGCUUGGUUUCAGAAGAACUCUCGGCAUCAUGUUACAGAGCUUUGGCAGAGAAUGCUGCAGGAGGCUCAGGUCUUGCCUUCUGAACAAUCUAGGAAGUUGAAGAGGUCGAAGAGAUAA